ACAAAUAUUUAGGAACAUGAAUUAUGAAUUAUUUUGAUGGCAAGUUCCUGAUACUUUUUUUGGGAUUGGUACAUUCAGCACUCUCUUUCAGUAACGACGUCACGCUAUCUAUUGGUAUCAGCAUUAUCAGUACUCUUACUGUGUGCGUUAUCCUCAGUAUUAUUGCGUGGAACUGUUGUCUGCGUUCACAGGGGGCUAAGAAGCACCAGUUUGACGUAGAACAGGAGGGUAACAAGGGUUUUGUAAUGGCUAACUACGACAACACGGUGAACUGUAACACUGCAAAGAUAGGGACUCCCACUACCGUACAAUGCCCUAAGUGUGGUCACCGCAUUGAGAGGACUAAUGUAGCAAAUGAGGCAAGUGGGGCAGCGUAAUUCAUCUGUCAAGAACAAAUCUAACGGAUGUAAAGGUGGAAAGGUGGAGGUUUUAGUGCACAAUAAUUCCCGGUCUUUGAACUCAACAACGGAGACCACUCACAGCAGCAACUUACAAAAGUUGAGUACGAACAAAGAAGAGUCAUCAAUAGCUCCAGCGAGUGAAGAACGAUCAACCUUUGUAGUAAAAUUAAAGAAAACCGACUCUGGCAGUUUGGGUCUCAGCAUAGUGGGAGGACGGAGCAGCAGGCUGGGGGAUAUCGGGGUGUUUAUAAAGUCAACUAUUGACAACACCCCCGCGGCUUCUAAUGGACAACUUAAACCAUGGGAUCAAAUACUGAAAGUAAAUAACGUUGAACUGGACGGGAGAACCCUGGAAGAAGCCUUGAUGAUUAUAAAGGAACAAUCUACUGACAUAACUCUAACUAUCCUGCCCUCGGAGCAAGCUACUGCUCAUCUCGAAGCGUCACUGAGCAUAAAAGCUGGUCAAAUGGACGAUAACAAACUAAAGACAGAAUGUAGUUCGUUAAGAGAAGAGGAAAUAACAUCAGCUGACUCCGGUACCAUGAAAGGCAGCACUCCUCCACCUCAAGAAAACCACCAAUAUCCCCGCUCUACUGGUAAACCCUCCGCAAAGUUACCCGAUAACGGGACUGAUCUGGCGACUGAACUUCUGGGUGAUGGUGGUUUCAUGCCGGCAUCAUUGGCCUCCGGGACGUCACAGCACCGGAAAACAGUGGUGUCUUCCAGCGGACUCACGGACUCCGAGUCGUCGUUGAGUCCUGUUCCGGAGAAUACGUUCAACGCGCGGGAUGACGAUGUGUUUUUCUCUAUGUCCCCUCAAUCGUACUCAAAUUCCAGAGGAGAUACAGCUGAUGACAUCAUACACACUGAUGACGUCAUGUUGAAUGGGGAGGACUUUAUUUAUGAGGAGAAUCAUGGGUAUCAGGGAGGAAUUGAGACGGACGCGAUUAAUGUUGAUCUAGAUAUUGUUGUGAAGUAAUCCAAAAUGUUGUUAAUUAUUACUAAUAAUUAACUAAUUAAUUAUUAUUAGUAUUUGUCUUGAAGUUUGUGAAAGACUUUAUCUAGUAAUUUUAAAUUGAGCAAUCUUCAGGAUAUAAGACGUUUUCCCUUUCAUUAGAAUUGUCUAGUGAACAGUUAUUGCUGUUUUAAUAUUAUUAUUUAUUAUUAAGCUUUGAAUUCCUGAUCUGCUAAAGUCCAUGCAAAUCGAAAAUUGUUCUAGAAAUAUAAUGAUUAAAUUGUUUAAUAAUGUCGGUGUAUUGAUAAUUUUAAACUUCUAAAGGAAAAUUCUAGAAAAUGUGUUUGCCUUGAUUCAAGGUUAAGAUGAUUUACAAUUAGAUAAUUUUAUAACCGAUUGGUUAUGAACCAUGAAAUGGUAGGUCCAUGAUAGGCAAUUAGCUAAACUUUUUAAUCUGUUAGUUUAUGCAAACUUUGAGUAUCUGCUGCUAUACAGUAUACAUUCCAUUAACCAACCAAGAAUUUUGAUAAAGUUCACGUGAUAUUACGUCAUCAUCCUAAUGGUAAAAUUGUUGUGGAAUUUCCCGAAAUUAGAAUAUUAUUUUUACUCUCAGCAGUAACGGAUGUUCAGUUGGAUGAUGAUAAAUUUUAAAAUGAAUAAAAAUUAGCAGCCAAAAAUCUUUAAAAUCUUGCCGACGUAAUUUGUGAAGUGUGUUAUAAAAGAGCUGUGUUAUUUAUAUGUAUUACAUGUUAAACUUAAUACUAACAGAAGCUAAGUGAAGUAGUAUUACAGAAUGUUAUCAUUUUUUUUAGAAAGAGAGAUAGAGAGAGAGAGAGAGAGAGAGAGAGAGAGAGAGAGAGAGAGAGAGAGAGAGAGAGAGAGAGAGAGAGAGAGAGAGAG